CCUCUUUCAUACACAACUCCUCUUCGUCUCCACCUUCUCUCCAUUUUCUAUUCUCUUAUCUCUCUCUACUUCUACUCCUCGUCUCCCCUCAGCAACUCAGAUCUCUUCCAAAAAGCGAUCUAGAUCGACGAAAUACCUGAUUUUUGGUCGAUAUCAUUGAUCGACACUUCUUUUCUAGCUCAAUCUUUGUAAAUAUACAACUAUAUAGUCUUUAGAAAAUAUAAACAUGAAGCGAGGUCUAGAUAUGGCAAGAAGCUACAAUGAUCAUGAAAGCAGUCAAGAAACCGGACCCGAAUCACCAAACUCUCCAACCUUCAACUCAGUCAUCUCUUCUCAUUCACCUAAGCGAAGUAGGAGAUCCAUGGAGAAGAGAGUAGUGAACGUACCGAUGAAAGAAAUAGAAGGAUCUCGGCACAAAGGAGACACAACUCCACCGUCAGAUUCAUGGGCCUGGCGUAAGUACGGCCAAAAGCCCAUUAAGGGAUCUCCUUACCCUAGAGGUUAUUACCGUUGUAGUAGCACAAAAGGUUGUCCGGCAAGGAAGCAAGUCGAGAGAAGCAGAGACGAUCCAACUAUGAUUAUCAUCACUUACACCUCUGAGCACAACCAUCCUUGGCCUCUCUCUUCUUCUUCUAGACACGGACCCAAACCAAAACCCGAGCCCAAACCCGAACCUGAACUAGAAGUACCCGAGGAGGUGGAGCUGGAAGAGGCUGGUAAUAGUAAGCUUAUGGUUAUGGGGAGGGAGAUCGAAACGACGCCGUCUUGCAUCGUCGACGAGUUUGCUUGGUUUAGUGAGAUGGAGACUACUUCUUCCACGAUUCUUGAGAGUCCCAUUUUCUCAUCGGAGAAAAAGACGGCUGUCUCGGCGGCGGCGAAUGACGUGGGGGUGUUUUUCCCGAUGGGUGAGGAGGAUGAGUCUUUGUUCGCUGAUCUUGGAGAGUUACCGGAGUCUUCGGUGGUGUUUCGCCACCGGAGUAGCGUAGUUGGGUCACAAGUGGAGAUCUUUUGACACGUGGUGGUAUUUUUAUUGUGGCUCACAUGGGAAGCGUUGUACGCACGGCGCUACUCCGGUGAUCUCCUCUCUAAACUUAUUAUUAAAAACAAAAACAAAAAAGAGUAUGAUUCGAUUAUGUAUUUUCCUUUUUUUUUCUUUGCCACUAUACUCUUUGAGAAUUCUUCUUUUCCUCUAUUUAAUUUUCUGGAUUUAGAUUUAAUUUACGUGGGUUGAAUUACAAUGUAGUUGGCUGAAUAAAAAUGGUUGUCAUUUUUAUGUGUAUGUAACUGGUCAAUUUUUAUUUUA